UUAUGCACACACAGAGGUCAAGAAACUCCCUUACGUAAAUUCUCCUCAAAGCAACAACCACUCUCUGUGUUCUUCUUCCUCUCAAAACACACUACCAGACCAUCACUUCUUCUUCUUUAUUAUACUCAUCAUCAACAAAUUCUCUGGUUCUCAAGAAUUCAAGAAAAUAAAAAAAACCAUGUCUUCUUCAACAAAACAUUUUUCUUCAUAUUAUCUUCAUCUUGUUCUGUUUACAGUUUUUUUCUUUACAACUCCAUCAUCUUCCUCCAUCGAAUCCUUCAUUUUCGGCGGAUGUUCACAGCAAAAAUACACCUCCGGUUCACCUUACGAGUUCAACGUAAACUCGCUGCUCACUUCUUUAGUCAACUCAGCCACCUUCACAACUUACAACAAUUUCACAGUCCAAAGCCCUUCUUCUUCUCAAGACACCAUCUACGGCCUCUUCCAAUGCCGCGGAGACCUCUCUAAUAACGACUGUGCUCGCUGUGUUGCAGCCGCCGUGACUCAGCUCGGGUCUCUCUGCCUCGACUCAAACGGUGGCGCGUUACAGCUUGACGGGUGUUUUAUUAAGUAUGAUAACGUGAAAUUCUUAGGUGUUGAAGACAAGACUGUUGUGUUGAAGAAAUGUGGACCGUCGAUUGGGUAUAAUUCUGAUGCGUUGACUCGGCGUGACGCGGUGUUGGGUUAUUUAGGAGCGAGUGAUGGGUCCUAUAAACCGUAUAGAGUGGCUGGGUCCGGUGAUGUUUCUGGUGUGGCGCAGUGUGUACAAGAUUUGAGUUCAAGUGAGUGUACGGAUUGCUUAUCGGAGGGUGUUGAUCGGAUUAAGACGGAUUGUGGGGCAGCUGCUUCGGGUGAUAUGUUCUUGGCUAAAUGCUACGUGCGAUUCUCUGAGCGUGGAGUUCACUCUCACGGUGGAGAUGGUAACAACAAUGAUGAUGAGAUUGAGAAGACAUUAGCAAUAUUAAUUGGACUUAUUGCUGGGGUUGCACUACUCAUUGUAUUCCUUUCUUUCUUGAGAAAAGUGUGCGAAAAAGGAAAAGGUGGUAAAUGAUAGAAAUUCUUAUGGACAUAUGAGGAAUUGAUUCUCCAUCUCCUUAUUGUGCUAUGGUAAUUUGGUUAGCAAAUGGUGGCCAUUUUGCUUCACUUUACCUUUUCUUUUUUUUGAAGAACUCAAAAGGGUGUGGAUAGAAAGAUUGUUAAUGGAAAGGGGUUAUCUUGACACUAGUGAUAAACAAAGUUGCAAUAAGGUGAAAAAGUCCAAAGAUUCCUCACUUUUCUUCCUAGUUCCUAUUAUACACCCACUACAAAUCUUUUAGCAAUAUAUGUUAGCCCUUUGUUCAAUUGUUUCUAAUUAUUUGUAUAAAAUAGUCCUUUUUUUGUUGAUGUUUAGUUAGUGUGACAUUUUGUUGGGUGUUAUUAGAUCAUUAAAGUUUGAUUUUCCUCAAAAAAAAUUAGGUGAUAUGUUAAUUUUUAUGUCAAAUUCAAUGUUUCAAAAGUUACUUUUCCAUUUAUAACAAAUUCUAGCUACUUGUCUCCA